AUGCCUGGCCAGCGACUGCAAGGCUGCCGCUCCCUGCACCUCAACGAGGACAACGGCCGCUUCGUUUUGCUCGCCAUCCUCAUUUUAGUGUACCUGCUGUGUGGCGCUGCGGUCUUCUCGGCUAUAGAGAGGCCCUCCGAGCUGCGGGCUCACGGGCGCUGGAACGGGACGCUCCUCAACUUCAGUGAGACCUUCAACAUAAGCCUGCAGGAGCUGAACUCCUUCCUGCGGGAGUACGAGGCUGCCAUCGCCGCCGGAAUCCGGGCUGACGCUCUGAGGCCAAGAUGGGAUUUUACAGGGGCUUUUUAUUUUGUUGGAACUGUGGUGUCGACUAUAGGUUUUGGGAUGACCACGCCUGUGACAAUUGCAGGCAAAGUUUUCCUGAUCUUUUACGGGCUUCUGGGCUGUGCAGGAACCAUCCUCUUCUUUAACCUCUUCCUGGAGCGCAUCAUCACACUGCUGGCUGUGGUGAUGAAGGCUGUGAGGGAGAGGCGAAUCAGGAACAGCGGCCUACUCCCACCAGGCAUCCGCCAUGACUUCUCAGCCUACUCCCUGCCAGGAUGGAAGCCCUCGGUGUAUCACGUGAUGCUGAUACUCGGCCUGUCAGCCAUCACCAUCUCCUGCUGUGCAUCAGCCAUGUACACGCCCGUCGAGGGCUGGGCUUACUUAGACUCUCUCUACUUCUGCUUUGUCACCUUCAGCACCAUUGGCUUUGGGGACUUUGUCAGCAGCCAGAGCGCGGCUUACGAAUACCAAAGCCUCUACAGGGUGGCCAACUUCUUUUUCAUGCUAAUGGGUGUAUGCUGCAUCUACUCGCUAUUCAAUGUUAUUUCUAUUGUCAUCAAGCAGGUGCUCAACUGGAUGCUGGAGAAAAUGAGCUGCCUGUUUUGCCAGCGCUGCAAUAAGGCUAAUGCUUUCCUAGGCAGACGCAAUGCCAUCCGCCCGGGCUCCAAAAGUCGCAAGGGUCGGUUUGGUCAGCCGCCCGACUCAGACGGACCUUGUGACAGUGACACAGAGGGCCGCAGAUUAUCGGGGGAGAUGAUCUCCAUGAAAGACCUGGCAGCCUCUAGCAAGGUGUCGCUGGCCAUCAUGCAGAAGCAGCUGUCUGAGUCUGCCAACGGAUAUCCCAGGACAGUAUGCGGCAGCUCACGCCAUAAUGGUUUCUCUGGGGGGGUUGGUGCUCUGGGUAUCAUGAACAACAGACUGGCAGAGACAAGUAACUCCAGGUAG